UGAGUGAUAACAAAUCUGCAUAUUUGGAGAGUAAAUAAAGGUGGCCUUAAAGUAAUUCUCUGUAGUGCCACAAAGCCUCUGCCUUGGUCAGUUGACUGACUGACUCUCUCAGACUUUUAUUGUGUGUGUUCCAUCGCCUUGUACAUAACUACACCACACAAAGAACUACACCCAGAAUACAUCUUGGGAUUAAUUUGUUAAUGGUUGUCUGAUUUUGUCAGGAGACACAAUCACAAUGGCAGUGACAGGAUCGUGGCUGAUGGACUUUCUGCUCGUGGUGGCAACUCUUCUCUACCUGGUCUAUCAUUACUUAAACAACACCUACUCUUACUUCAGGGACCGAAACAUUCCCUACUUACGUCCAACUCUUGUCAUCGGGUUGCCUGAGGCAAUCACCAAAUCACAGAUUGAUCUUACCAACUUCCUCUACAGCAAUUUCCCUAAAGAGAGGUUUUUCGGCUACUUCCAAUCAAGGAUGCCCACUCUGCUAGUGAAGGAUCCAGAACUGAUCAAGAGAAUCUUGAUCCAAGACUUUAAUCACUUCCAAGAUCGAGGAUUUCCCUUCAUCGAGUCAAGUCCCGUGUCGAUGAACCUGUUCAACCUCAGGGGUUAUGAGUGGCGAGCUCUACGACAUAAACUUACCCCAGCGUUGACCUCCGGCAAACUCAAGGACAUGUUCGAACAAAUGAACAACUGCAGCAAUAGACUUACCAAUGAAAUUGAGCAAGCUUGUAGUUCAAACCAGGUUGUCGAAGCAAGAUCACUUUUUUUAAACUUCUCCACAGAGAUCAUCGGGAGUGUUGCUUUUGGCCUUGAUUUCAGCAAAGAGAAUCCUCAGACAGAUGAAUUUAUUGAGAAGAUCAACAAUGUUUUCGGAGUGUCCUUUCAGCAGAAGGUGAUCAAUUUUCUGGUUAUGACACUACCCACUACCCUGGUGAGAUUAUUAGGUCUUGGCCCUUUCUCUGCAGACAUAAAUAAGUACAUGAUAAGUCUUAUCAAGACCACAAAGGACUAUAGGAAACAGAAUAACAUCAUGAGGAAUGACUAUUUCCAAAUGAUGUUGAAACUGCAGGAAGAUGAGAUGGCAAACAAGAGUGCAAAAUUGUCAGCUUCAGAAAUGGACGGAGAAGAUGGUCAGAUGAACCAAAUGGAAUAUGCAUUACCAUCAUCAAAGCCAGGGAUAUCACGAAAAUUAUUUACAGAUGAAGGGAUUGCUGCACAGUCUUUUGUAUUCUUGAAUGGAGGCUCAGAAACUAUUGCUUCAUCAUUGUCGUUUGUAUUGUACAACAUUGCCAAGAAUCCAAAGAUACAAGAGAGGCUCUCAGAAGAGGUGAAGUCCGCCCUCACCAAACAUGGAGGUUGGAGUCACGAGACUGUCAGAGACUUGACAUACAUGGACCAGGUCAUACAAGAAGCAGGAAGGAUUCACACCAUCGUACCUCUACUGACCAGGGAGGUGACCAUGCCUUAUCGGAUACCAGGGACUUCAGCAGUUCUGGAGAAAGGAACCUUGAUUUCAAUUCCUGUUGGGGGUCUGCAGAUGGACCCCAAGUACUAUCCAUCCCCAGAAGUGUUUGACCCGGACCGAUUCUCCAACAACAACCACAAAGCCAAUCCUCUCUACCUACCUUUCGGCGAUGGUCCUCGCUCCUGUGUUGGGAUGAGAUUUACUCUUCUGGAGAUGAAAGUGUGUCUCGGCAAGGUGCUGGAACAGUUCGCAGUGGAUAUUAACAGCCAGACUCAGGAGCCCCUCAGCUAUGACAAGUCCGCUUUUUUCGCAAGACCACUGGGAGGCAUCUGGGUUACCUUCAGGAAACGUAAUCAGUCAACCCAGUAAUAAGUCUUCACCGAAACUAGUUUUAGAACUAUCUCUAGCAGUUUCAAAAACUAUUAAAAUAUUUAUUUAGGUCAACAUUACUCUGCAAUAUUGCUUGAUAUUAUUGAAAAUAUUGCAUUUAUGUUAUAAUAUUUACUUACCUUUAUAAGACUAAAAUAAUAUUUAGUAAUAUUUUUGUUCUUAAAGUGGAUGCAUUUGUUUUUGUACUUUUAUAUUAAACAAAUAUGCAUUUUUAGCACUAAUC